CUGUUACAACGUCAAGAAAUUCGGAAGCUCCCUAGCGUUACAAAUUAUCUUGAUUUUCUCGCACUUAGCUGGGAAGGAAGUAAAGCGGCUAGAUCUCUCUUAAUAAAGCUAAUCCCGUUCCAAGCGCUGGUUGCCGCUGUUUCAACGUAUUCUGUGCUCUGGGGUCGAGACCGGAUAUUUGGCACGUUGGACGCGGACCCAGAUUUCGCCAAGGAACUGCUGCUAAAUGUGCAACUCAAACCUUCCUUGAAGCAACGAAUGUUGGAUUACCUUCAUGGCAUCCCAUUUUUCGAUGAAAUCACUGGUAAGCCUACCCCGGAAUCUGACCGUGUACGGGUCAACUAA